AUGGAGCGCCAUUCGGAGCCUGACUCUCCCGUAAAAUCUAGCCCACCACUUUUCCCAGGAAUGAGCAGCACUUCCGCGACAGAAUUCGUCGACCAGACGGACUUUGAAUAUCAUGUCCUGAAAGAAAUUCGCAGCGCGUCUGAAUCUCAAGUAUUGGUUUUCACGGAUGUCAACUCAUCGUGGGGAGAGCGGAUAGUGGACUUGAUCAAUGAAACCGAUGACGGAUAUUCUAUCAGAAAAACUUAUGAUUCGUUAAUCGGAGUUUUACGAAUUAGAGUCAUGCCGACUGAAGUACACAACUGUUCUCAAAGCUGGUGGCGUUUGUCAGAGACCAACUUACGGAGGAUUGGUGACUUGACCGAUGGUGAACAUGUGCAACUUGAUGUCCUCGUUGGCACGAUACUUUUGUUCGUUGAAGGUCCGUAUCGGUCGUCACGCAAGGAACCUGAUCUAUUCGUCCGCUCGAUUUACGACCAUCUCCCGUCCUUCGUUAUUAAGACAGGCUGGAGCGAGUCUUGGGAUGCAUUAAUGGAUGACAUGAAUCUUCUGCUGGUCGGCGGUAACGGAGAUAUUCGCGCUGUCACAAUUCUCAAAUGGAACUUAAACCGACAAACAAGAGUUGUGAGUGGAUUCGUGGAGCUAUAUGAUAUCUUCCCUGCACCUACUGGAACUAUGACCCCUCAAAGACUUGAAUUAUCUCGUCAAGAAGCAUUCGUCCCUUCCCUCUUGCCUGACCCAGUACGUACCCAACCUCCGAACAAUAUGGUCUAUCUUGAGAUAGAAGAUUUGCGGACAGUAGCCCGUCGGGCACUGCACCGUAUGAGUCUCUCCCCGGCGGUUUGA